GAGCGGGGGAGAGGGGGAGGAAGGGGGGCCCGCCGAGCGGCGGGGAAGCAGGUUUGUAAAUUCCAAAGCCGUGUGGUGUGAUCGGUUCUCCGAAACUAUUUGAGUCGGCCUUCCGCCACGCCGUUUGGGGGAUUGAGGAAUUCAGAAUCCCAAGAAAGCAGCCUCCUACCUACUACACUCGUGAGAACAUCUACAGCAUCACUACUCAAACACACACACACACACACACACGCACAUAUAUCCAACAUGAGCAGACACGUCCUCAUCCUCGGCGGCCACGGCAAGGUCUCGCAGUUCCUCACCCCGCUCCUCCUCAAGAAGUCGUGGACCGUCACGAGCGUCAUCCGCGCCCAGGAGCAGGUCCCCGCCAUCGAGAAGCUCGGCGCCGGCCAGGCCGGCAAGCUCAACGUGCUCGUCCGCAGCAUUGAGGACGUCUCCGACCAGGCCAAGGCCCAGGCCAUCCUCGACGAGGUGAAGCCCGACACCAUCGUCUGGAGCGCAGGUGCCGGUGGAAAGGGAAACCCCGAGAGAACGUUCGCCAUCGACCGUGACGCCGCCAUCUACUUCGUCAAGGCCGCCGUCGCGACCCCCUCAAUCAAGAAGUUCAUCCUCGUCUCCUACCUCAGCUCCCGACGGACCAAGCCCACCUGGUGGUCUGACCAGGCCUGGCAGGACGCCCAGGAGGGCAACAAGAAGCUUGCCAACUACUUCCAGGCCAAGGUUGCCGCCGACGAGGUCCUCUGGCAGGAGUCCAAGAAGCGCGCCGAUUUCUCCGGCGUCAGCCUGCGUCCGGGCGCGCUGACCGAGGCGCCCGCCGGCAACGUCGAGUUCGGCAGGACAAAGGGUGUCAAGGGCUCGUCGAGCAGAGAAUCCGUUGCCGAGGUCGCCGCCCUCAUCGCCGAGAACGACGCCUUCACGACAUCGUGGGUCGACCAUCUCGACGGCGAUGAAGACCCCAAGGCAGCCGUCGACAGGGUCGCUAGAGAGAAGGUGGACGUCGCCGAAGGCGAGGAGUUCUACAAGGCUUGAGAGAAAAAUACACAGUCUUGUUUAAAAAAGAAAAUACUAUUAAUAGUACU